GGACGUAGAGAUUCCUUUCCGCCGUCCUUCCGUCCCUAGGGCUGCUGCUAAUCCGCCCGCCGGCAACCAGGACCCCAGGCUGGCUGAACGCCCGCACCCAUCUCGCGCCCCAGGGCCCGCUACGCGCCUGGCAUAAUGGGAAAAAAAUCACCACGGAAAGGUCCAGCCCCUCACCAUGCAGACGGGAAGCUCGGCCGCACGUGUAAGGACCCUUACGCCCCUUGGGGUUUCACCCCCGCUUCGCUGGUUCCAAAAGCCUGGGUCGGGCCUCCUUGUCCUGUGGGGGCCUCUCAGCCGCAAAAACACAGGCCCGAGCCCGCGGGCCUCCCCACGGCCGUGCUAGGCGCCGCUCUGCCCCCAGCACUGCGCCUGCGGGACACCUGGCUCACUUUUCCAUUCGGAUGAUGUCCCUGUACUUCGUGGCUGCAGGCUCCUCAAGCCCCAGGUCUGUGCGGGGACGAGCAAAGCAGCAGAAUAUCCACACAUCUUUCUGGAGCACCCAUUUUACUACCAGAGUUGGAAGGAACGAAGUUAAGUAAUUUCCAAGAAUCAUCUCCCCUGCCCCACAAACGUGAAAGAAAAGACAAGGGAAGCACCCAAGAAGAGGAGGGGAGAAGUGCCCCAGAAAAAGUCAUCCAGUCUCUGAAGCUUCGCCCAGGUGGGCACAGGCCAGCCAGCCUCUCCUCUGGUUGCCCAGCCGGCUGCAGGCUGUCAUAUAACCUUCCACCCGGCAUGCUUUUGAGUGUGUGGAAGUGCUGUAUGCCCUCUUCUUUUAAAAACUGUUGAGCAAAUGCCUCCGCAUUUUAUGCCCCUUCAACCUCCACCUCCAAGGGCCCCCAAGACCAAACAUGCUGUGCACACACAGCAGCUCUUUGUGUCCCGCUCCUGGCCGAUCUCCUGCAUCAUCUCGUUGA